UUUAGAUGAAAUCUGAUAAAAACUAUGUCUAAUGUUUGUGGUAAAGUAAGGAAUAGUUUAGAGACCCGUCAUUGACUCAAAAGAGUCAUCCAGACUUCAUUCAGAUUCUUCUUUGGGGUCAACACCCUUCGGAACAUCUCCCUUUCUGGCAUCCAUUACAGACGUCUUUCCUGGUUUAGAAGAGUCCUUCUGAGAAACCCUCUUUUUAGGAGCUUUCUUUGCUGGAGCAGGUUGCUUUUUAGCCUCCUCUUUGUCAGCUGGAAUUGGUUUCUCGGUCUUGGGAUGAGACUUCUUCUCUUCCUUUGGCUUAGUCUUUUUCUCUUCCUUUGGCUUCUCUGGUUCAUUUACUUCAGGAGCAACAUCCAUGAUAACUUCUAA